CGUGCACACAAUGGGGAUUAUGCAGCAAGUUAUUCUAGGAAUGUUUCAAUUCCUGCUGCUCACCACAAUCCCGACGUCCCACGCCAAGCUGGCUCACUGGCGGCCCACCGACGCGUCUAAAUCCAGAGAAGGUCGAGAAGUGCGACGCUGGUUGGAGGUGUACUCUCGCAGUGGAUGCGAGCCCCGAGAAACCUUGGUGGAGGUCUGGCGGGAGUUGCCGGGGGAGACGCACCACCUUUUCGUACCCUCCUGCGUGGCAGUGAGGAGAUGUGGGGGCUGCUGUGCUGACGAGGCAAUGGAGUGCGUGCCCUCGCUCACGCACACCCUCACCAUGGAGCUGAUGAGGACUUCCUUUAUGAAACAUGAGCUCACUGAGUUGACCUUUGUUGAACACAGCCAGUGUGAGUGCAGACUAAAAGAACAACUCCAGCUGACAUCAACUACAAGGCCCUAUCACAAGCCAACAAGCGUCAAGAAAAAGGGCAGAGGAAGGAAGAUUGUCGGAGGCAUCAUAAAUGCGACUCCUGUUCGCUCCUCUCCCCCAAUGACCUCUCCUCCUCAUCCUCCUCCAAUGCCAACCGUACGGCCAUCUUGUCGGCCAUGCCGAGGCAGGAAGUGGACGCUGGAUGCGGCGUCAUGUCGGUGUUUCUGCACCCUCACUGCUAAGAGCUGCCACCGAAAACACCGACGACACAACCCUCAUCGCUGCAGGUGUGACGCCGUGAGGACUUGACGUGUCCCCCCUUUCACCUUGUCCUCCCCACCCAAACCUGCCCAAAGGAAGUAUUAUUAGCACUCAGCCUGUACUAGCUUUUUCUCGUUAAGCCAUCACUGUAGCACUGUACAUGUACAUCAAAUGUGUGUGUGUGUGUGUCUGUGUGUGUACAAUUGUACAGUACAUAACGUGCACAGACACAUCCAGUCACUAAACACCUCGCACGAGCGCGGGGACCACGGCGCUGAUCUAUGAUUUAUGGAUAAACAGUGGACUGCGUCUUUGCAGUUGCUUGGACACCAGUGGGACUAUUAUGGAUGAGGUGGACCUCUUGAAACACGAAGACUGAUUUUUGCAGGUUCACAUCGAGGCCAGUGCUUGUGUGAAGGAUUUAAAAAAAAAAAAAAAAAAAACUGCAAUCAGAUAAAAGGUGCA